GGAGGACAGCAUCACCUUGUGCCAAAGGGCUCUCCAAAUCGUUACUGAACUUUGUCUCACUGGACACGUGGACCGGGACAAAUGCUCGGAUAUAUUCCCCCUGGAGAGCAACAUACCAGGUAAAGGAAACGCAGGUAAAUAAGCAAAAAAAGUCUUUAUUUUAUUUCUUUCCCUCAAUUAAUCACUUUGUUUCCUCCAAAGAAAGAGACUGACCUGUUGCAAGGAGAAACCAAACAUUAAAAAAAUGGAAAUUCGUGUCUAUGUAUAGAUUAAAUUUCGUGACUAUUUCAAAAAGCCUUGAGACUGUGUAAUACAUGUAUAUUUACAUGUAUUUAUAUAUUCUCAUUAAUUUAUUUCAGGAUUAAUUUCAUAGCCAUAUUUAUUUAUUUUUGAAGGAUUUUGUCUGAAUAUAUAUAUGUGCAAAAAUAUACUCUCAUAGUGACUUGUUAAGAGUCAGUGUAGUAAUCUAAUAUUAAAAAAAAAAAAAAAAAAAAAAUGGAACAUAAGAACAGUGAACUGUGCAUAUACAUAUAAAAAUAAAUAAAUAAAAAGAUUAUCCCGGUAGUGUAGUGCAUGUACUAAACAUAUAAAGUUAUACAAGUAUGGGAAAUAAAUGCUGUGCUAUAUUUAGUACUUUGUUCCCUGCAAAGAAAGAGACUGACCUGUUGCAGCGUUUUGAAAAAAAAAAAAAAAAAAAGGAGAAACCAAACAUAUGCUCUCCUUUACUAUUAAAACUUUAUUACAACACUUAGUUGUAUUUUUAUUGCGUUGAACUGCUGCCAAAGUGUCUGUCUACCUGUUACGCAUCUUGCUGCAGCUCCAGACUGGUGAAAUAGCAACAGGUGGAAAAACAGACUGAGGUGGCCAUCUGAUAUCCUGCCUUUCUUUCUUUCACUCCGUCUUUCUUUCCAUUUUUCACUUUGCAAUCUGGGGGAAUUUACUCAGUGUCACUUUGAUUAAGACGUUUUUUGAAAAGCUGCAUGUAUAUACAGAAAGCUGCAGUGCAAACUUUGCAUUUAAAUAUCAAUAAGAGGAAAUGUCAUGAGCAGAUGGGAGCUUUUUUUCCAUGCAUCUCUGGAUGCUGAGGUUUUAUAUGACUUUAUAUUGUCCUGCUUUAUCAAACAGGUGCAUAUGCUGCCCCCUCUUUCUUACAGCUGGCUUUCUCUCCUUUUUUCUCUUUCUCCCUUGCAUGUUUGUCUGUCAUAUUUUGUCCCUCGCUUGCCUCUCCUCUCCUUUUCAUGUGUCUCUUGUCCUCCUCUAUGGGUCUCUCCAUGGUUACGUGUAGACAUCUCUAUUAGUCUACUAGCUGUGGUCGUGGGUUUCUGUGGCCUCGCCCUGUUGGUAGUCUCUCUCUUUGUCUUUUGGAAGCUGUGCUGGCCCAUUUGGAGGAGCAAGGCUCUGUCGGCCCACGCCGAAAAUGGCCUCCACGUGGGUUUCCCCGAGGUGCCUCCGGCCAACUCCCCGCCGGUCACCGAGUGCAAAGCGCCGGAGGUGGAGAAGAAGUACUACCCGCUGGAAGUGAAGGCGAACGGACGGAGCACCGUCAAGCUCCUGGAGGCGGCCAUGAAGAUCAGCCAGACGUCUCCGGACAUCCCCGCCGAGGUGCAAACAGCCCUGAGGGAGAAGCUCAGCCAGCAGGCUAAGAUCCAGAGGCAGACCACCGAGCCAACCUCCUCCUCCAGGCACAAUUCAUUCCGGCGCCACCUGCCUCGUCAGAUGAAUGUCACCAGCGUUGACUUCAGCCCGGACACAUUGCCUCUCCGCCAGUCCUCGACAGUGAGCAUUGGAAGAAUAAAACCCGAACUCUACAAGCAGAAGUCUGUGGACUCAGAGGAUGAGGCCAAAGAGCCCGUGGAGACUUGCGGAAAGCUCAGCUUCGCGCUGCGCUACGACUACGAGGAGCAAGCAUUGGUGGUGAGAAUCCUCAAGGCCUUGGAACUGCCUGCCAAAGACUUCACGGGCACCUCCGACCCGUACGUGAAGAUCUACCUGCUACCAGAGAGGAAGAAGAAGUUCCAGACGCGCGUCCACCGCAAGAACCUGAACCCCAUGUUUGACGAGACCUUCUGUUUCCCCGUGGUGUACGACGAGAUUUGCAACCGCAAGCUGCACUUCAGCGUCUACGACUUCGACCGCUUCACCAGCCACGAUAUGAUUGGCGAGGUGGUGGUGGACAACCUCUUUGAACUCUCUGAUCUUUCCAGAGAGGCUGUGGUGUGGAAGGAUAUUCACGCAGCAACUACAGAGAGUGUUGACCUGGGAGAGAUCAUGUACUCGCUGUGCUACCUCCCCACAGCGGGGAGAAUGACCCUAACAGUCAUCAAAUGUAGAAACCUCAAAGCCAUGGACAUCACAGGCUCUUCAGACCCGUACGUGAAGGUUUACCUGAUAUGUGACGGACGGAGGUUAAAGAAGCGAAAAACAACUACCAAGAAAAGCACGCUCAACCCAGUGUACAACGAGGCCAUCAUCUUCGACAUCCCCCCGGAGAACGUGGAACAAGUCAGUCUGUCCAUCAUGGUGAUGGAUUAUGAUCGGGUUGGACACAAUGAGGUGAUCGGUGUGUGUCGCGCCGGGCCAGAUGCUGAGGGUCUUGGACGAGAUCACUGGAACGAAAUGUUGGCUUACCCGCGGAAGCCCAUCACACACUGGCACGCUCUGGGAGAGUGCCCGGGAAGAGCAGCAAGCUUUGAGAGUCAAGGUUCGUGUCCUUCACCCAAACCUCCGCAGACGCCCUGAUGACCGCAGGGAGAGUGACAACAGCACCGACCCUGUAAGGAAGCAGGCGUUAAGAGUUGCUGAGAAGUCGUGUCGAGUCUCUUGUGAGCAUGUCGUACGAAAACUCAUUCCGACGCGCUUCUUAUGUGUUUCUAAAAAACAAGGUUGUAUUGAAAUUGUUCUUAUUCAUUCAUUUGAACUCGGGUCCUUCAAGUGCUCUACAGAGCUGGCUAUGCACAGCGCUCACUGUCAUUUCAUUCAAGAGUUUGUUUUUCAUACAUCCACUUUGAAAUUCUCAGAAAGGCUUUACAUUUACAAAGACCAUAUGAAUGCUAUAGGCCUCACUGCAAGACAUACCCGGUGAGUCACUUGCAGCUGUAUGAACCUUUUCAGCAACAUUUUAUUCUGGCCCUAGAGCUCCGUAGUGAGGUAGCAUUUUACUUUGAAAUGGCACGAAGUUAAAGGGCUCCUCAAUGCCAUGAAAACAUUUGCUUGAUAAAAAAAACUCAAUAAAUCCAGUGAGUUUCGAUCCAGGUUUCAGCUGAAGAAUGCAGGUAAUGGAGCAUCUACAAGGGCUGGGUAAAUCUCUCUUAGAAAUUCAUCAGUCACAGCGAUCACGAUUGUGUAAAAUCAGCCAUUAACCCGCCACUGUUACCUGCAGAUAUUAGACACAACAACAGGACUCAGAUCUAGUGGAAGUGUAGCAGAUACAUGUAGCAGACUACAGAGCCCCUCUGGGGUCACAUGGUAGAAAAAUGCCCUGGGAUUCGAUCAAAGAAGAACAAGUGCGUCACGUUAGCACAUUUGAGGUGCUCGUUCUUUGUAGCCAACUUUACCGUAACGUUGCAACCAAACAGCCUAGCUGAACGGAAGCCUGACUGCACGGAGCAGCUCGUCUCUUUUCCCCGCCGCGUUUGACUCAAAGCACAGAAGCCAGCGCCCAAUAGAGAGCUGCUUGACAGAGUCCUAAAACCCGGAAAUGAGUUUGCAUUUUAGCACAUCGCAUUUGAGUAGGUUUUUAGUUGGAUGCCUAAAAUAAGGUCUGUGAUUAACACAAGCUGAAGAGAUUUUAACAUUUUGUUCUACGGUUUAAAAUAUGUCAGUAAAUAUCCCACUUGUGAAUUUUGAAGCCUUUAUGUGUCUUAAAAGAGGCGGUUGCUAACAAGUGGCUAAAUGAGACUACUAAACGUCCAAAUCGUCCGCCUUUAUAGCCUUGCUGUGUAUACUCACACUCAUGUAACGUUAGCUUUUUACUGAUGCCGAUUGCAUUCACGCUUCAAAGAUCAUAAAAGUGGUCCGCACGUUUUUUUUAUCUACCAUGUGACCCCAGAGGGGCACCAUAGAAAACAUAUGUACAGAGAGAUAAACAACAGUCACAUCAAAGUGUGUUUGAAAUAACUUAAUACAUAUGUUUCCAAAAAACCUGGCAAAACUUUGACUAUAACAUAUUCAUAUUUAUUUUUGUACACACCAGAUCGAUUUCAGCACAUGAUUGCAAAUUGAAAUAGCAGCACAUAGAAAAUAGUUAGAGUCAUAUUUGUAUUACUCAUAUAACUUUAUUAAAUAUAAUUCAACUGCAAAAUGUCCCUCCUGAGAAUGCAAUGUGCCAAUGAUUCAGAAAAUAGUGUCCGAUCAUAGUUUAACAAUCGUAACAAGGCACAGGAAGCCUGUCAAGCUUUGGUUUCUGUUUUUUUACCCUCUCAAAAAUUGAAAUUUACAAGACCAAAAAUGUAAGGAAUGGAUUUAAACAGUGUGUUUAAUUGUACAAAUGUUAGCAUGUCUGGCUAACUAGUUUAUUAACUUCAGUCGAAACCUAAACCAGCCUUACAUCCAGGGCCAGGAGCAUUUUAUACUGCAUUUUCUUAGGUUACUGGGCAAAAUACAAAGAAGUCGCAUUCACAAUCUGCACAUUGACUCUGUAGUAUUUCCCAAUGUGUAAAAGCUGGGAUCCUGGAUGCUACUAUAUUAGAGUUUAAGCUCUGUCCUGCCGUAUUGGAUCUGGGGAAGGUUAAAUUUGCUACCUGAUUUAGCAUCACAUUCACCAAACACAUUGGUUUGACCAAAUAGUCCGAUAUUACCUUUUUUCCUUAUCAUACUUAUAACACUAGAACUAACUAGUUGGCCGGUUAAAGCAACCAAAGCGCUAAUAGAACAAUGGCCAAGCGUCAGGGAGAAUAUAACACUGAAUUUGUCCCAAAAAAAGCCUAUUA